UUUAUUCCAUCUUUUUAUAUUACCUCAAAUAUACCUCAUAGGGUUCUCUCUUGUAGACUUUGAAACCUAAAAAGGAAAAGAAACAAGUAGGGCAAAUCCAUCAAUUUCUGGUUGAUCUUCCUCCUCCCCCUUCUUCAUCUCUCUCCUCAAAUUUUCCCCCAGGGGAUUCUGGGAUUUCUCCAUUUCACAUAUAUCUAUCUUGGAUUUUGGUCUGCCCCCUUUCUAUUUUUGGAAACCUUUCUUCUUCCUUUUUUCUUUCUUUCUGGGUUUUGGAAACCAUUUGAUUUUCUGGGGUUUUUCUUUGUUUGGAAGCUGUGAAUAUGGUUAGGGGGAAGACUCAGAUGAAGCGCAUAGAGAAUGCGGCGAGCAGACAAGUGACCUUCUCCAAGAGAAGGAAUGGACUGCUGAAGAAAGCCUUUGAGCUCUCAGUUCUAUGUGAUGCUGAAGUUGCACUUAUUAUUUUCUCUACAAGAGGGAAGCUCUAUGAGUUUGCGAGCUCAAGCUUCAGUAUCAGCAACACAUUAGACCGUUAUCAAAGGAGAGUGAAGGAUCAAGGCCUCGGCAGUAAAGCAGUUCAAGUUGAUAUGGAGCGUGGGAAGGAUGACACUUGUAGCAUGGCGAAGAAGAUUGAUUUUAUUGAAGCUUCUAAACAGAAGCUCUUAGGUAAUUGUUUGGAAUCAUGUUCGAUAGAGGAACUGCAUCAGACAGAGAACCAAUUGGAGCGAGGCUUAAGCAAAAUUAGGGCUAGAAAGACUCAGUUAUUGAGGGAGCAGAUAGAGAAGCUGAAGGAAGAGGAGAAAAACCUAUUUGAACAAAAUGCUAAGCUACGGGAAAAGUGUGGCAUGCAACCACUUGGUCCUCCAAGCAAAAGAAAAGAUGGAGAGAAUCUUGCGGUACGCCAGCCCCGGACACCAGAUAUGGAGGAUGUGGAGACUGACUUGGUGAUUGGGCCACCUGAAAGACGACGAAGUGGCCAAAACCCAUAGGAUCAUCUCAAUACUAGUAUUGGUGAUAAUAAAAGUUUACAGCUUCGAAAAACCUGCAACUGCAGCUGCAAAGCUUCCCGAUGGUCGCACAAGAAUUUGGUGUGCACCUGAAAUAAUUGUGAAGCUAAACAGUUCAAUAUAUAAUGUAUAGAUCUUAAUAUUUAAAGCUAAAUGCAGAAUACAAUUAAAUGUGUGAUUAUUAUUUUUCUUGAA